UUUCCUUUUCUUUUAUAUAUUUAAAAAGAGAAAAACAUUGAAACUACUCCUCUGUACACUCUCAUCUCAGUACUGAGAUUAAUCAAAAAUGGAAGAUCCGAAGAGUUUGGUUUCUUCGGAGAAAAGCACCGGUUCUUCGAGCUCGGUUUUGGGCACGAUCCAAGGCCUUCCCUAUCGGACCAACCAAAUCACUGAUUCUUUCAAUUCGGUUCUAGCCAUGAUUCAGGGCCUUCACAAUCAUCAUCAUGAUCAUCAUCGUUCAAAUCGGACCAAUCCCAGUUCUCCUCAGUUCCCUUCGAAACAACCCAAAUAUUGGCCAGUUUUCGGUCCUCCCGACGAGGACCUGAUCAGCAGUUUACCAGAUUCUCUGUUGCAGGAAAUCCUUUGUUUUUUACCCAUCGAAGACGCUAUCAAAACCAGCUUUUUGUCUCGACGAUGGAGGUCUCUGUGGACCCAAAUGCCCACCCUUUCAUUUACUCGUGAAUGCUUUGCUUCCAAGCACGCUAAACGUGCUGCCUUCGUUAACGAAACGCUGGCGCGCUUCAUUGGUCCCAAGAUUAAGAAUUUCCUCAUCAACUUCAAAUUCGAUGAAUUCAUGGAUGCUUCCCUCGAUGAAUGGGUCCUUUUUGCUACAUCCCACCAUGUCGAAAAGCUCUCUCUGCUUCUCGAUGGUGGGUUCCUUUAUGCCCCGUUUGCUGAGUGUAAACCUUACAGUUUGCCUCAGUUUCUGUACGUGAAUUUUUCUCUGAAUGUGUUAAUUUUAAGACAAUGUGUUGUCUCACCCACCAGCCAAGUUUCUUGGCCAAGCCUUAAGGUCUUAUCUAUAAACUAUUCCAGGUUGGAUACUGAGGCAAUUGAAUAUGUUCUGUCUGGCAGUCCCAAUUUGCAGAAAUUGAAAUUGCAUAACUGUGGAGGGGUUAAUCGAAUCAGUUCCAUGAGUUUGGAGGUUCUUGUGGUGGAUGCAAUCUAUGAGCCUCAUGAGAAAAAUGAGUUAGUGACACAGAUUUCAUGCCCAAAUCUUCAGUCAUUGAGCCUGUCGGGGUAUAUGUACCGUCGAACAUUUAGACUGAUGCAUGCUUCGUCUUUAUCAAAAGCCAAUCUGAGUUUUGUGAUGACCAUUGACAAAAAAGAUAAGUAUGAUUGCAAAAAGCAUCGGUCCAUCUUGAGGGACCUCCUAGAAAAGCUUUGCCAUGUUGAGGAAUUGACCGUCGGGACUUGGUGCCUUCAGGUUUUAUCAAUAUGGGAAAUAAAGGGCAUAUCUUCUCCAUUGUCGAAACGCCAUUGUUUGGUACUGGAAACUGAAAUAUGUGAAUGGGAUAUUCCUGGGAUCGUGAAUCUGCUUCACAGUUCACCUUAUCUGAAGAAACUGGUGAUAAAUUUGAAUUACUGUGACAACUCUAAGUUUGAGUUUGAUCAGACCUUUUUUGACUCUUAUGAAUUUGAUGGAGUGGAAUUCCUGGCUUCAGCUAACUGGAUUUUCAAGUGUUUUCUGCAAAGUCUAGAGGAUAUUGAGCUAACUGGUUUCCAAUCAAGUUCUUGGGGGUCCGAAUUUUUAGUGAGGUUCAUGAGAUUUCUGCUCAACAACACAAAAGUGCUCAAGAAGGUGACUAUCUAUGAACAGGGUGGCACUCUUCUUGAAUCCUGGCAAUUUUCUGGACCAAACAUGAAUCCUGAAUUGGAAAGUGCUAAGAGAAACCAGAUUCUAUUGAUCCUGUCAAGUGGCUUUCUCUUAAAUGCCAAUAUCCCAGAUCUUAAUUCUUUCAAGGAUUUCCUUUUAUAAAUCCAGGUUUUAUCAGAAUUGGUUCUUUUGAUAGAUGAGAUUUAUCAGGAUCAGGAUUCAAAUCUCAGCGUCUGCAAUUUAUUUGCCUUUUACUAGUUAGACUAAGUCUCCUUUAUACCAUAAAAAGAAUAAAAUUCCUUUUUUCUUUC